CCUCCUUCCGAGAGAGAAAAGAACACACCACCAGAAAUCGAAGCCGUCGCGCUCUCUCUCCGUCUCUAGCACUCCCGUCGUUUUCUCCCCCUCGCCUCCCGCCGUAAUCGGUCGGCGGAACCAGAUGCCCUUAUCCGUCUUGUGAUCGAGCCCCGGUUACUUGGUUCCCAGCGAUCUCGAUGGCAUUGGGUGGCGGCGGCGGCGGCGGGUUCCGGAGCCUGAUGCGCCGGAAGCCGGCCGACUCCGACAGGGUCCGCGCGGAGGGGCAGCAGCUCGCCAAGGAACUCAACAUCCUGGAGUUAAUCGCCAUCGGAGUUGGUUCAACGAUUGGAGCUGGAGUAUAUGUUCUUGUGGGAACAGUUGCUAGGGAGCACACUGGUCCAGCAUUGACGGUUUCAUUUCUGAUAGCUGGAAUAGCCGCUGCACUUUCAGCAUUCUGUUAUGCCGAGCUUGCUAGCCGUUGCCCCUCUGCUGGAAGCGCCUAUCAUUAUACAUAUGUCUGUGUUGGCGAAGGUGUUGCCUGGCUGAUUGGCUGGGCUUUAGUGCUGGAAUACACUAUUGGCGGAUCUGCUGUUGCCCGUGGCAUAUCCCCCAAUUUAGCAUUGUUUUUUGGAGGACCAGAUAGCCUACCGUGGAUUUUAGCACGCCAUCAACUUCCAUGGUUUGAUGUUAUUGUUGAUCCCUGUGCUGCUGCUCUUGUUUUAGUUGUCUCUGCUUUGUUGUGCCUGGGGAUUAAAGAGAGCUCAUUUGUACAAGGAAUUGUAACAACUCUGAAUGCUUGUGUGAUGCUAUUUGUGAUUGUAGCUGGUUGUUACAUUGGCUUCCAGAUUGGUUGGGAUGGCUAUAAGGUUACUGACGGGUACUUUCCAUACGGAGUGAAUGGAGUGCUUGCUGGAUCAGCAACUGUUUUCUUUGCAUACAUAGGCUUCGAUACAGUAGCUAGUACUGCUGAGGAGGUAAAGAAUCCUCAACGAGAUCUACCACUGGGAAUAGGAGCAGCAUUGUCAAUUUGCUGUUUGUUGUACAUGAUGGUCUCCGUUGUUAUUGUUGGGAUUGUACCAUAUUCCGCCAUGGAUCCAGAUACACCUAUUUCAUCUGCCUUUGCAAAACAUGGAAUGCAGUGGGCAAUGUAUGUUGUGACAAGUGGUGCUGUUCUUGCACUGUGUUCAACCUUGAUGGGCUCACUUCUUCCACAGCCCAGAAUACUGAUGGCCAUGGCACGAGAUGGACUAUUGCCAUCUUUCUUCUCUGAUGUUAACAAGCAGACACAAGUACCUGUCAAGGGCACAAUUGCGGCUGGCAUAUGUGCUGCUGCCCUGGCUUUUUUCAUGGAUGUUUCCCAGUUGGCAGGAAUGGUCAGUAUAGGCACACUCCUUGCGUUCACCAUAGUUGCAGUAUCGAUCUUGAUACUCAGAUAUGUUCCUCCGGAUGACGCCCCCCUGCCAUCAUCUCUGCAAGAAUCAUCCCAUUUGAACCAAGAGUAUGAUGAGGAAAAGGGUAGAGAUCUACUGGGAGAUGAGAUCUGCAACAAGUCUCAAAUAAAGGAUUUGAUUGUGGAAGAAUCAAUGAAGGACCCUCUUCUCGAGAAGAAGCAAUAUACAGGCACGAUGGAUGAGAUGAAACGUCGAAGGAUAGCUGCUUUCAGCAUAGGAUCUGUCUGUCUAGGAGUUCUAGUCCUCACAUCUUCAGCUUCUGCCACAUGGCUACCUUUUCUCCCGCUUUGCAUUGGCUGCAUCAUUGGGGGUCUGCUCCUGAUAGCUAGUCUUGGAAUAUUGUGCUCGAUCGAUCAAGAUGAUGGCAGACACUCUUUUGGUCAUGCUGGAGGAUUCACAUGCCCAUUCGUUCCAUUCCUACCUGUCCUGUGUAUCCUCAUAAACACCUAUCUGUUGAUAAACCUGGGCGGAGAUGCAUGGAUGAGAGUCAGCAUAUGGCUGCUGAUAGGUGUUCUCAUGUACAUCUUCUAUGGCCGAACCCGCAGCUCGCUGAUCGAUGUUGUCUACGUCCCUGUAGCUCAGGUCAAUGAUUGCAGGAGUUCAUCAGGUUUUUUGUCCUAGAAGAGAACUGUGUCAUCUCCAUUGACAUGCCCUAGAUGACAAGACCUCGCCGGCUCUCCGCCGCGUGUAGAUGGGUACUCGGGCAUCAGCCUGGCGGUGGCCUGUUGAACCGUUCAAGCUUUGUCCACAGGAUGUCACGGAUGCAAGUUUUGCACUGUCCAUGAAAGAGAUAUAUCAGAUGAUGUGUAUAGGUCGGUAUACCCAAUUGGGUGAAUCAUGCAAUUCUGUUUGUAAUUCAUGUAUAACAAACCUCUUUGUAAUCAAAUGGGUAAAAACCGAAAUGAGUUAACUGUUAUCUUACAAAGAUCCACUUCUUUGAA